CAUUGUAUAUAAAUAAUUGUGAUAUACAAUAAAGCAUUUAUUAAUAUGCUAUGUGUAUAUUAAUGUUUAUAGUAAUAUUGCUUAAUAUUAUUCAAUUAAAUUAAUUUGUUUCAACUACAUUGCAAAAAUGUUGACUCCCAGAUUUGAAAUAACCCAAACAGAUGCAGAAGUUGCAAUUAUGAUUCAUGCACCAUAUGCUAAUAUUAAAGAUACCGAGGUUUAUGUUGAAGGCACAGAUUUUAGAUUUUAUUCUACACCAUAUUAUUUGAGAUUGAGACUCCCACGUGAAAUUGAAGAAAAUGAUUCAUCAUUUGGAUCAUACGAUUGUGAGAAAGGAGAUUUUUCUUUAAGAUUUUCCAAAGUAAACCAUGGAGAAUAUUUUGAAAAUUUAGAUAUGAUAAGUACAUUGUUAGCUCCACAGAAAAAGAAGAGCACAAUUGUUCCUAACAUUGAAGUAAUUGGCAAUCCAUCAGCAAAUUCAGAGGACAUAAAUGAAAUAUCAAAUGAGCAUAACUCAACAUUAAAUGAAAAUAUAAAUGGAGAUGAAUGGUACAUACCUCAAAACAAUCCUACAGAAACUAUACCUCUUUUAUCUUCUUCACCAAAAUAUGGUUUUGCAAAUAAAAUAUCUGCAGCUUUGGUAGCUUUUGAGUCAGCUUGGAUUAAAGAAGUAAUAGAUCUUCCAAUGCCUGAUACAACACUGCAAUCUGAGAGAAAAAUUUUAAGAGAGAAACGUGAACUUUCAGAUUUUAAUGAGGAACAUUAUUUAGCAGAUCUCAUGCAACCAGAGUGUAUAGAACCAUACCUAUUGUUUACUGCAGAGUGGGAUACUUUGGAAAAAGAAAAUAUUUCAUUUAAUGAAAGUGAAAUAGAUGUAUUGAAAGAGCUUCCAAAUAAAGAAUAUUUAUUAGAUAAUGAAGAGACAGAUAGAUUGCUUUUAAGCUUGGUUGACAUUUUAUUUGGAAGCUGUUAUAAUCAUAGAACAACAUUGGGGGAAAAUACAGUUGAAAGUAGUUGGACUAUCAAUAAAUUAAGUUCGACCUUAUCUUGGUUUGAUGAUUUUUCCACUCCAGAAGAAGUUAUAAAAGCAUGUUUCAGAAGAUCAAUAUGCUAUCCACUUUUUCGAAAUUGGAAGCUUUCUAUAAAAGUCCUUGAGGAUGUGAAGAAAGUUGUUAAAUUAGGUAAAAAAUAUAUUAUAAAACGUUUCUGUGAAAUUCACGGUAUGUUUAAUAAUUCAUGCGAACCACGAUAUAUACUAAAUCAAUUGUACAUAAAAGAUUAUCUAAUUUGGUUGCAACAAAUUAAUGAAUCUUUAAUAGAAUUACUGGACACUUUAAUUGCUAAUGUUCAACCUAGUAAGGAAGAAAUGGGGCUUGAUUUAAUAGAACUAGAACAAGCAGCUUACUCUGUUCAAGAAGAAGAUCUUAUCAUUGAAAAUUCUGUUCACGAGGUGGUGGAUCAAAUGGAUGAAUUAACAGUUAAUGACAAUGACAAGAACAAGCCAAAGACUAUAUACUACAUUAAAGACAAACAUUCUUUAAAAUAUUUGUUAUCAAGUAGCUCGAGUUCAAGCGACAGCAGCGAUACAGAUUCUGAAAGUGAUUCUGAAACUACUUCGAGUACUACAACAACAAGCGAUAGUAGCAGUUUAGAUUCUGAUGACAUGAGUGAACCAGAAGGAUGCACUUAACGUUUAACUUUUACAUAUAAUGUAUUUCUACAUCCUUGAUAACGAUAUACUCCAAAAAUCUGUGUAAAAACAUUUUUCAAAUUCUUAUAUUUAUUUAAAUACAUAUUUUAAUGAAUAAGUAAAA